CCUGCGCUCGAGAUCGCGCUGCAUUUGGCGUCAGAACGUGUGACGAAGUGGUUGCCUGUUUUCGACUUUUAGCUGCUUGAAUGGCUUGAACGGUUGUUUGAUUAGCUUGUUGCCAAAUCGCAAUAGCACAAGCGAUUAAGUUUUUGUUUUUGCUUUGUUUUUCAAGCAAAGCGAUCAGGAGCAUAGCUCAACGCGCGACCGAACGGGAAGAACAGAGUGAAAUGUAUUUUGAAUAGUUUUUUAUUAAAAGUAUAAUGACAUAAAAAAUCUAUCAGUGAACUAUACUUAAACAUAGAUGAAAGCGAAAGCAAAGUGUAAAACAUUUAACAACAGUGGCUCUCAAACUGUAUUAUUUGUGUACUAAGUGUAUUAUUAUUAUUAUUAGCGCGCUGAAUGAGGUGUGAUUUUUCUCAUUCAAAUACAAGUUCAAAAUGCAGCUGCAAGAGUUAACAGCAUUUGCAUUGUUAUUUAUGGCUUCCUGUGAAUUGGCUAGUACAAAAUUCUCCUAUGAACGCGGCAAUUGUGAGAUUUUGGUAACGGGUGCUAUACGCGAGAUUUUAAUGAAUGAAAUGCGCGCUCAGCUGGACACAUCAUGGCGUGAGACGAGAAACAAACGUUUGCGUUAUGAUCUUUACACACCACGGAAUCCGUUCAAGGCGCAAGUGUUAGUGCCGGGUGAUCGCGAUGUGCUACGAACUUCAUAUUUCAAUGCAAAGUGGCCGGUCAGACUCUCUAUUCACGGGUGGACCGGCAAGAGCACCUCCUGUUCGAAUGCCGCAAUUAAGGAUGCCUACCUUUCGGUGGGUAAUUUCAACGUGAUACUAUUCGAUUGGAGCGCCAUCUCAAUGGAUAUCAGUUACGGACGCAUUAGCCGUCAAUUGUCGGAGAUCGCUAAGCAAUUGGUGGAAUUCACGCGUUUUUUGCACCGUGAAACCGGCAUCACCUACGAGUCCAUCUACUUAGUGGGCCACAGCGCUGGUGCACACAUCGCAGGCUUGGCUGGUAAACUACUCAGUCCACAACGUUACGGUGUCAUCUAUGCGCUCGACCCAGCCGGCCUAGUGCAGUUGUCACUCGGCGAAGACAAACGUUUGGCACCUAACGAUGCCAUCUACACCGAAUCAAUACACACGGACAUCACGCUGCUGGGCAAUCCGAGCACGAAACUUAGCCAUGCGGCAUUCUUUGUCAAUUGGGGUCUAGGCCAGCCACACUGUCCAAAUGCGACGGCUGCAGAAUUUGAUUUCGCAUGCGAUCAUUUUGCGGCCUUGUAUUACUUUGUGGAAGCGGUGCGACAACCACGCGCCUUUGGUGCCGCACAAUGCAGACGCCGCAGCGAUAGCAACGGCAGCAGCAGCAGCAGCAGCAGUGCCACUUUGAUGGACCAAUUGAGUUGUGGCUGUACAAAUGGUGCAGCAGUGGUGCCAAUAGUGGCAGGUGAAUGCACUGCGACCGCGUUCAUGGGAGGUGAACCGGCUGUGCCAAAAAACGGCACCUUCUAUCUGAGUACGCGUUCUAAGUCGCCAGCAUUUGGUUUUGGCGAAACGGUGCGGAUCAGACGUGCAGCGCCUGCCAAAUUCUUGCACAGCAGCUUUCUGAAUAAUAAAUUUAUCAACAAUAUAUUGUCCAAGUGGCACAAAUAAGUGUGUCAAAGUGGGCAAUUAAAAAGGCGGUGCUAGAGGCAGAGGCAGAGGCAGAGAGUGUAUGAGCGUGUAAGAUGCAUAGGCAUUUAUUAAUGUACAUAGUAAUGUAUGUGUGUAUGUGUGUAUGUAUUUGUGAUACCAUAUAUCGUAAGCUCUUGCAACGGAGGUACAUAUAAGCGGUAAGCCAAGCGAGAUAACGUGCCGCAGCAGUGAAGUGUGAAAUUUGCUCGUAAGCGGGGAUGUGUGCAAUCUGUGCAAAAGCAAAACAAUUUCAGUAAUUUAAGUAAUAAUAAGAAAAAGAAUUUGCUUAAGAAACACGGCGGCAGAGAAUGAUGGAAAAUUAUGCCAAAUUAAAUUGUUUAUUUACCUAUAAGCGAGAAUCGUUUUUAAUCGCUCCAGUUUUGCGGGUAUAAUUAUAGACGUUUUCGCUGUUGCAAAAAAAAUUUACUUUAUACUGCACAAGGAAAAAAUUUACUUGGUAGUUGUAUCCGAAAAGAAUUAAAAAUGUCAGUUGCGUUAAGGCUUGUGUAACUGCAGUGAGAAUGUUUUGGUUUUAAAAAAUAAAACAAAUUAGUAUUUACUAGAAAAAUAGCAUUUAAGAUAUUUUUUCAUCAAUUAUGAGUAUGUCUUGAUAUCGCAACUGUCGGUAUGUACAAGUAGAUAAUAUGACUGUGCAAUUUGCUCAGACACAGGUAAAUUUUUGAAGCGUUAUAAAAAGUAUAAGCUAACAAGCAGCUCUGUUCAUUUGCGACGAAAUGAAGGAAAGCUUAAAUAAAUAUUGCAUAUUUUUAAGGAAACUAUAUCUUAAAAAGUGAUAGGCCAAUGCAGGCUUGCUUUACUGGAUUUGCGCACUUUGCUCGGCUUUGCAUUGCAAGCUUCUAUGGCCAAAUGGUAGCUUUGAGCGCUGUCAGAAUAAUUGACAAAAAAUUAAGCGACGCUUCAAAUGAAAAUGUCAAAGGCGAACAAAGCGCAAUCAAAUAGAACACUGCGUCAUUCGAAACUUUAAAGCGCUUGAAUCAAAGCUGAAAUUUUACCAACUUUCAUAUCUUACAGUACAUUUGUACCUCUAUUUUUUAUUUUUAUUUUUUUAACAGUUGCGCAAAGUAAAGCAAGCUUGCAUUGCGUCAGCGACUUUUUUUAUUUCAUGCAUAUUUUUCAAUUCCUCGUAUACAUAUUUGAGUUCAAAAUAUUUGAAAUUUUUCGAUAAAUAAAUAAUUUUUACUCCUUUUCCGAGUUCCUUUUUGGUUUUCAAACUUUUAAAAAUAAGCGUUAAAACGAUUCUUGUUUUGAAAGCGAUAAUGAGGUAAAACACUCCAAAAAAAUUUUUCUCGUAAAAUUGUAUUACAUGUUUCCAUCGAGGCUAUGUAUUUCACUAAAAUACAUAUAUGUUUCAAACUUUUUCCACUUUUUCGAAGAAGUAGGUUAGGUUAGGUUAUUCCGGCUGGCCGAAGCCACGCACCGACCAUUUUGAUCCGUUGCGAUACCAGAUCAGAGUUCUUUUUUAGCGAAAUUAUGCAUCAAAAGUAAAUAAUUUAAAAUUGUUGUGAGAAGCCAAAGUCUUUGAAUAAAUAUGAUUUUCUCUCGUAGUUCAUACAAAUAAUCUUCCUCUGUAAUCAAAUCAAUAGCCCAGGUAUCUAAAAAGUUGCCCAAAAUAUAUUUUACCGGCGAUAGAAUGUCGUUAACUUGCAUG